CGUCACUCACUUCCCCUAUGCUCUUGUUUUUGCUGCUUGUUUGGCUUUUCCGCGUCCUAUCAGUCCACAAAGAAGACCGUUGGUAUUGACAUUCCAGCAAGAAGCAGCGAUGGUGUAAUCAAGCAGCAACUGUCUAACCAGACAAUUUAAGGGGCUGGCCAAUUGUGUAUCAUCAUGGCAGAUGGAUGCAGUGAUGACGAUGUCAUUCACCUGGCAAGUUUCAACAUCCACCGAAGUCAAGGCUCCAGCGGCCGUCAGAGGGAGCUGAUCACCAUUUCUGAUGACUCUGAUGAGGAAACUGUGACUUUGGUACCUCGCAGUCCUGUAUUAGUUCCAGAUGACGAUGCUGCUGGAGAUGAUGAUGUCAGCAUACUAGAGCCACGAGCUCCUGCGCGCAGACAUGUAAUACGACCGGCGGCAAAGUGGAGUGGGGCCUCGCAAAACCUGAGCAAAGUCGGUGCAAAUUCUGGGGCUCUUAUGAGGGACCCGUUUGCCCCCUCCACCUCCAGAGACGCUAUUGCGCACACAUCUGCAGUUCGAACAUCCGUACUCACACAAGCAAACCCAAUAACAAACUCCCAGCAGCCACAAACUGGGACGCCACAAGAGAUAAAGGUGGAGGCCCGAGUCGAUUCUUCGACUCAAACCCAAUCUACCUCCGUACUCGCUCCAGCUGUCACACAAGGUGCAGAGCACCUUCAGCCUAGCACAUCUGGACCGGUUUGCUCCACGGGACAAUUAUUAGCUCGGCCACAGCCAAGCACGUCACACGGUGUUGUUUCAAAGACAUUUCCUGCCUCCACGACGUCUCAAGAAAGGGCAUGUAAAAGUACCAGCGUUCAAGACAAUCCUCAGGCAAGCACUUCGUCUGCAGAGCCGCAGCCUAAAGCCAGCACAUCGACGCAAUUUCAGCCGAGCGGGUCAGCGAAACUAGUAGCCCAGCUUCUCCAGGAGAAGCAGUUGAACCCUGUCAUCCGAGCCUUCGCUUUGAUCACGCAGCCUCAGCAACAGAACAAAGCGCAGACGACCCCCCAGCCUGUCCUGCAUCCCAUGCGUGGCAAUCUUACUCAGAUUGAACCCCACCCCCUUGCCCAGGCUCCAGCCCAGACUCCGGCCCAGGCACCCCCGACCCAUCGAGUGGCGCCUAGAAUCCAGUCUGCAGUGCUUAUAGCUGCAGCACCUCAGAGGCUGGGACCUCCAGAGGCGGGCCACCAAAUUAUGCUCGGCAGCCAGGCAGCUGGGAAGGCCGGGUUCAAUCCUCGGCCACUGGGUGGCACCUCGAGUGCGUUUCCGCAAGCCCACAUCAACGAGAAUUUAAACCACCCUGCUGGGCCAGCUCCAGCAGUUUUGGUUCCCCACAACAGAAUACAGAUGCAUCAGAAUCUGGAUCUCGGCCCAAACCCAGAGAGGGUGAACCCAGUCCCCGGUCUGGUCGCCUUCCCUCCUGAUCCUGAAGAUUUUCCCAGAAUAGAGGAUGCCAGGCCUGGUCCAUCCGAGCCGCAUGAGAGGUUGGAGCUGCAGCAGCACAUCAGAACCCUCAUUCGGGGUGUCUUGGAUCUCUUUCCAAAUGUCCAAGAAGCUUAUGUAGCAGAACUGAUCCGAACAAAUUAUGUGGAAGACCUGAAUGUUAUCUGUAACCUGCUGUUGGAGAACCCAGAAUAUCCAAAGACAGGGGCUGCUGCAGCCACAGUAGCUCCCACCAGCAUCUUACUGGAGUCUGGAGACAGUAACACGGAGGUAACGGAGGAUCUGUUUGAUUACGACAAGCUGGGCCCGGUAGGUCCGGAGACAAUGACACAGGCUGCCGACUUGCUUAUGGCAGACUUCCGGAUGAUCAGUUGUCAAGACAUCAAAUGGGCCCUCAAUGCCCUCAAAGGACACUAUGCAAUCACACGCAAGGCCUUAUUUGAAGCUCUGAAAAAGUUUCAAGAAUCAGGCGACUCCUCAGGAAAGCGAAGACGAAGCAGAAUGUCCACUGAACGCUGCUACAUCGAUUUCCAUUUUGAGCACGGUCAGGUAAAGUUUGAAAAGAGGAUGUACUUUUUGGAAAAAGGCCGACGCUACUGCAGGACGUACAGCAACUUGGAAGCUUCUUUACAAAAGGAGCUUACCUUCUUCCAACAGAAAGCCAAGGAAUGGGCCGAGCAUGAGGACUUCCUCCUGGCGCUGCAAGUCAACGAAGAUGAAUAUAAGAAAGAUGGCCAGCUGAUUGAGUGCGGCUGUUGCUACGGAGAGUUUGCCUUUGAGAAAAUGACACAGUGUUCGGACGGCCAUUUGUUCUGUAAGGAGUGCCUCGUCAAAUAUGCGCAAGAGGCCGUGUUUGGCUCUGGAAAGUCAGAGCUAAGCUGCAUGGAGUCGGGCUGCCUUUGCUCGUACCCGGUCUGCGAACUGGAGAAAGUCCUACCAGAAAACAUCCUUUGCAAAUACUACGAGAGGCAGGCGGAGGAGGCCGUCGCCGCCACCUGCGCAGAUGAACUCGUAAGGUGUCCCUUCUGCAACUUUCCAGCCUUGCUGGACAAAGACAUGUCUCUCUUUAGCUGCCCCAAUCCUCGCUGCCGCAAGGAAAGCUGUCGAAAGUGCCACGUGCAAUGGAAACUGCAUGUGGGGAAGACAUGCGAGCAAGUCCUGGAGAAAGACGAGAUCCGCAUGAGGGUGCUCAUUGAGGAGCGCAUGACGGCCGCCCGGGUGAGGAAGUGCGUCAAGUGCGGCACGGGCCUGGUCAAGUCGGAGGGCUGCAACCGCAUGUCGUGUCGCUGCGGCGGCUUCAUGUGCUACCUCUGCCGAGAGCCCAUCACCGGAUACAACCACUUCUGCCAGCACGCCCGCUCGCCAGGCGCUCCCUGCCGCCACUGCCGCAAGUGUUCCCUCUGGACCGACCCCACGCAAGAUGACGAGCGAAACAUUCAGGAGAUCCAGAAGGAGGGAGAGGUGCAGCUGAAUAAGAAGUUUGCAGAUCAAUUGGGAAAGAGAGUCGGCCCGCCCCCGGAGGACGUCCAAGAGAGCAAGCGUCCUCGUGUGGGACCGCCCCCCGAAAACCCUCCUCCCCCGGCUCCCCGUCACCCCCAAGCGGUGCAGGCUCCCCUCUUCGUGCCCCCUCACGCCCAUUACCCUCCCGGCCUGCCCCAAGGCCAGAUGUACAUGAUCAACCCGUUACCCCCGGCGCCCUACGUGCCCCCGCUGCCAAACUUGCUCCCUUUGAACAACAAUAACCACCACCACCAUCACCAUCACCACCACAAUCGGCAUGCCGACCAGCACCCUCUAAAUCUGAACAUGAUUGACAUGCCCAUGCACUACGGGCCCGCCCACCGCUACUUCAGGCCUUUAUAACACUCACACAAGGUAACUGUCAGCUGCAUUCACCCUCUCUACAGAUCCACUUCCUGUUUUCGGAGCCUCUUUAUUUUUUGUUUGUUUGUUUUAAUGAACGUUUUCUUGGUACGCCCGCUUUCCGGCAACCUUGAUCCGAUGUCAGUCCUUUUUGCGUUUGCCCGAAGGAACGCAUAAGUAACUGUACGACAUCUGAAGAGAUACACGCUCGCACUCGGCCUUCUCACACUGAACCAUGGACGCCGGCUUGUUUUUCGCAUAUGUUUACAAUAACAAAAAGUUCUGAAAUUAUUGUUCAAUUUCCAGUUUAUAAGUAAGUUUUCUGGCUAAAAAAAAAAAAAAGUUGAGCAUACGUCUGCCGAAACGUGUUUUUCUAAUAAAGUUUUCUGCCCACGUUU